AUGCCUGAAGAAGAAGAUAUUAACACAAACAAACAAGUUGAGCUUGAAGAAAUGUUUUCUAGAGACGAUGUGCUAUCUGGAAAUUAUAAUGUGACCAAAGAGAUUGAGGCUGAAGAGGAACUUCUUCAAGAUGGCGAUGAUGACUCUUUAUUGCUUCUUUUUGUAUAA